AUGAAGGAAAGGGAAGCCCAAGAACUCAUUUUAGCGUAUAUUGAUCCGCUUAAGAAAAAAACAGCUGAGUUACUGGCGCAGAAGCUAGACGGGAGUGUGGAAGAAGUUGAUGCUUUUUUGCACCUGCUGAAGUCCAACGACUUGAAAAUAAGGGAAAUGGCAGCGCUCUUUUUAAAACACUCUCUUUCAAUUUCAGCUCGCGCUGCGUCUUCGAACAACUACCCGAGCAUUCUGGCCACUUUGUAUGCGGAAAUAUCGCCUUCUCCCUCGAGGGUGGACAACCUUAUGUACGAGUCGGUGGGCAUACUGUGCGGGCUUGUGGGGAUUGACGACGUGUUCCACAUAGUCUCCAUUGACAGCGUUUCAGAAGGGCCUGCGCCCACAGCGCAGACGGACAAGGCGCUCAAAACUCUGUGCCGGUACACCGACAAGUACAGGGCAAAGGAAAAGUCAAACGAGCUCUACGCAGAGAUAAACUACCUGAUCACGCGGACAAAGGACACGCUGUACGCGCUUGUGCAGCAUAUUAUAUCCAGCCCAGGAACAGAAAUCUCUGCAGGCCUGCAGCUCAGCAUAUACACGAUCAUCUCCACGAUACUCGCGCACGACCUUCCCGACUACUUCGAGGAAAACAUCAUGCACUACACGGCAGGCCUGUACGCGCCCGUUGGGGAGGUACCGCAAAACACCGUUAGAAGCAUCAUUCUUCUGCGCAUCAAGCUCUCUGCAGUUCUUGUGUCUCGGUACUCGGACGCGUACGAGAAGUUUUCCGUCUUUAUAAACAGCUUGACUGCGCUCUACAGCGAGACAGAGAAACUUGACGAGGGCGUGCAGGUGGAGUUUAUGCACUAUCUGUGCACGCUUCUCGGCAACCACUGUAUACUAAGCCAGGCAGUGCCCCUGCACGCGCAGGACGGCCUGAGCAACAACAUCGUGCAGAUGCUCCUGCACAAAAUAGAGGUAGACGACUCCGAGGGAGACCUUGAGUACAUGCAGGCGCUGCUCCAGGGAGACCCCACGCUAAUAAGGGACAUUGCAGCCUCCAUUAUGAAGGAGCUUAUAGAAAGAAACCCUUCCCUGUUCUCGGCACUUUCAGCGCACAGGGCACACAAUAACGUGCUCUUCCUCGUGCUGCACCUUAUUAGGAACAAGCACCGGAUACAGGGCGAUCUGUGCAUGGAGUGGGUCAGAUAUGCGAUAGGCGCCGUGCACUCGGGGGAAGACUCUAUUAAGAUAAGUCUUUCCUGCGCGCUCCUGAUCACCUGCCUCGACAUGAACGUCCACUCGAGCGAAAUUCUUGCCGCUGCCCCCGCUAUUCUGCGCGCCCUCAUUGCGCAGUGCACGCCCGAAGCGCCGAAGUACAUCCUGUUUCUGAGCUCGGAGCUUAUGCACGCGCUGUGUGCGUACAGCAGAAUUUCUGUAGAGGAGCGCGCCUCUGAGGGAACGCUGAAGUAUCUUAUGAGCGUCUUCCAGGAGAGCCCAAACGAGUACAUAGGAAAGGGAAUAUUCCACCUCCUGCGGAUGGCGCACGCCCGAAGUGCGGCCUUCUCCUCCACGGCAAGCGAAAUGCUCACAAAGCACGUGGAGACGCUGGGAAACACAAAAAUGGCGAAGACCCUGUGGGAUAUUAUGUCGCUGGAUGCCCUGUACGGGGGCGUGGAGGCAGCAGAAAAGCUGAUUGUGGACUGCAUAGGCAGCAAUACGUACGAGUACUACACAUACGCAGUGCAGCUUCUCAGCCUGAUCAACCUCUCCGCGCGCAGGGAGUACUGCAUAAACCUCUCCGCGAGCAUACUGAACAACCCCAGCCUGUGGAGCGACCAGCACAUUCUCCCCAGCCUCGCGUAUUUGGGCGUUUCCCUCGUUCGGUGCGGGGCUUUCGACGUGAACUCCCUGCUGAAGCACAUUUUGGGAAGUGACGCUGCCUUGCGCAUUGCAAGCAGGUACUUCGACGCGGAAAGCGUUCUGACCGUGUAUAACAGCGCGGGCGCAGUCCCGCAGUUUCUCCUGCGGUACAUCCAGAUUCUCAUGAACUCCGAGUACACGAGCGAGCUGCACGGAAUGGUGAGCGCUUUCGUGAGCAAGCCCACAGUCCCGGAUGAGGACACGCAGGAGGGCAUCCGCGUGCUCGAGGAGUACCUGGAAAGGCACGCCCACCAGGCAGCGGAGGUGCGCCACGUCCUAGAAAAGCUAAAGAGAAGAAGAUACAGAAAAAAAGACGACCCGUGGAGCAUCUCUCUGCUGGACGAAGUGUUUGCACUGAAGUAG